AUGUCGUCGCCUUCCAAGCCCCAUGCGCAUGGAGAACCUACGGCACACAAGGGCACCACCUCGAAUGCAGUCGAGGCUUUGCCCUCCAUGCCCCAUGCGCAUGAGAAGCAUCGCCAGAGCUGCGACGAAGGUCACCUGGUAAAGCUGCAGAAAUUCCUGGCGAAGGUCGACCAGAAUCCGAAGCGAUUGGAGAAGAUGAUUGCAGCGCGCCGGAAAUUCGAUGGGCUUGCAACCCCUGACAGCGCAACUUCAAGAGAUACCAGCAACCAGGCUCCAACAUCUUUUGUUACAUGGUGUUCCAGAGACUGGUGCCAUUCCAUUGAUGGGUUGAGUAUGGGUCAUCUCAACCGCGAUGUCAAGUGGGAGGACGAAUGCUCGUUGGACCAACCAAAAAUUGCCACCCAGCAUGUUUGCCGGAACUGGCAUCGCAUGUCAGAGAAAGCACUCUGCUCGAUGCAGCGUGCAGCCAGACUAAAAGAGACCGAGCACAUGUUCCGUCAGAUCGAUGACCUCGAAGAAUUCCGGCUUUGGAUUGAGCGCGAUCCUGAAGCUUUCAAGAAGUCCAUCAAGACCUUGCGGGAGCAGUUGGACGGGGAUCUGGACUCGCAGCCAGACACAUCGAGCGACAUGAGCCGGUUCCACGAUGACCAGCUCGUCCUAGCGAAGCGGGAGGCAAAAGAUGCUCGACAGCGCAUUGCUCAGCUGGAGGUGGCCUGCGCAGGGGAGGUGUCUUCGCGGGUCGUGGGGUGUCGGCGGUUGAGUGGGACUGCCGUGACGACGCCACCUCGUGUUCAGCACACUUUCCCUCGUGGGGCGGGCCGCGUCACCACCCAGACUGCGGCCGUGGCCACAGCAGUACCAGCCACGCAAGAGGACAAGGCAUAUGAGCGGCUCUGCGUGGACUAUCAGCACUUGCUGUUUCUUCUGGAGCGUGCGGCCGUGUGCAGCGCAAGCUCGCUUGCGACUUCCACUCCGAAUACGGCCGACAAAGGUGCAGCCGCCUUCUUGCGAAGGCUUGGAGACAUGGCCCUGGCCGAACGCUCUAGCCGACCCUCGCUGGGAGCACCGACUCCGAAUGGCUCGACUCUCUCCAAGGCUGCUUCAGUCAGAGGUUCAUAA